CCCAGCAGCGGGGCGGGUCACGUGCCGCGGUCAUUUCCGCGUGCGGCGUAGUUUGCGAACGGAUACAGCGGCGGCACCUGGACCCGAUCCCGCCGGAGGCCCCCGCCUGGACCACGCCCCUGGCCCCGCCCCUGCCUCGGACCCCCGAUUGGAGCCGGAACCCCCUUCCGCCUCGGAGCCCUUCGAGGGGCUGGACCCGCCCUAGCUGGGCUCCCUCUCGGACAGACUCCCCGGGGCAUACCCACCUGCACCCCUCUCCCGAUUGGGGCUGGGACCCGCCAUAGGGGUCGGGAUCCCCCGCAGGAGUCAGAAUCCCCCCCGUUCCCUAUCAGAAUCCUCCCCAGUGGGGGCCCCACCCCAAAGAGGCCCCCAUCCCCUUGGCGCCUACAUCCCCCCUCUCUGGGUGGGACCAGCUGUUGUACUGAGACACCCCCGACCUUGCACACGCUCUUAUUGUGGACUGGAGUCCAUCUCCUGAGCCCCCACGCCGGGGCCAGUCCUAGCCUGCGGAGUCCCCCCUGACCCAAGCUUAGUAUCCCCUGGAUUCUUCUGGUUCCCAAACUGGGAGCCCCCCUCCUUGACUCCCUCCAGCUAGGGAGCCCCUACCCCCGUACCUCCUUGAUUCCCAGCCUGGGACCUAGCCUGACUUCUGGCAGAAAUGGAUGACCUGCUGCCACUUGUCCUCCUCCAUCAGGACUGGGGCCUCCAGGAGCCCACCCCCAGCAGCCCCCCCUACGUGGAGAUCAUCGAACAGCCCAAGCAGCGCGGCAUGCGCUUCCGCUACAAGUGCGAGGGGCGCUCGGCCGGCAGCAUCCCUGGGGAGCGCAGCACCGACACUACCAAGACCCACCCCACCAUCAAGAUCAAUAAUUACACAGGCCCCGGGAAGGUUCGUAUCUCUCUGGUGACCAAGGAUGCCCCCCACCGACCCCACCCCCACGAGCUGGUGGGCAAAGAUUGCAAGGAUGGCUACUAUGAGGCUGAGCUAUCACCUGAGCGCAACAUCCACAGCUUCCAGAAUCUGGGCAUCCAGUGUGUGAAGAAACGGGAGCUGGACGAGGCUGUGGCACAGCGCAUCCGCACCAACAACAACCCCUUCAAUGUGCCCUUGGACAACCAGAAGGGGGACUAUGACCUGAAUGCCGUGCGGCUCUGCUUCCAGGUGUGGGUGCAGGACCCUGUGGGCACUGGGCACCUCGUCCAGCUGCCCCUCGUGGUGUCACAGCCGAUCUACGACAACCGAGCCCCCAACACGGCUGAGCUGAAGAUCUGCCGGGUCAAUCGCAACUCGGGGAGCUGCCUGGGGGGGGACGAGAUCUUCCUGCUCUGUGACAAGGUGCAGAAGGAGGACAUUGAGGUCCGGUUCUUCAAGGACUCGUGGGAGGCCAAGGGCUCCUUCUCGCAGGCAGAUGUGCACCGGCAGGUCGCCAUCGUGUUCAAAACCCCCCCAUACCAGGACCAGGCACUCAGGGAGCCGGUGACGGUGCAGAUGCAGCUCCGGCGCCCAUCUGACAAGGAGGUCAGCGAGGCCAUGGAGUUCCGCUACCUGCCAGAUGAAGGUGACUUCCAUCGCAUCGAGGAGAAGCGCAAGCGAACGCGGGACACCUUCAAGAACUUUGUGCAGAAAGCGCCUUUCACAGCAGUGGUGGUACCGGAGUCACGUUCCCCGCGUCGGAUUGCUGUCCCUGUCCGCACAGCCGUGCCCAAACCCAGUGGUCUCACUGGAAUGGCAAGCACCAUGGGGCAGCUGCCACCCCUCCAGAAGCCACAGGCCACGGCCCAGCACCCCUCCUUACCCUUCACUGGGCCCAGCCGAGCUCCUCCUCCUCCCGCCCCCCAGAUGGGCUUCAGUACAGUCAAUCUGGAGGAGUUCUCCAGCCUGGGCAUCUCAAGCCGGGCCCAGCCCCCACCCCCUGCUCCCGAGGCCGAGCCCAACUUUGACCCCUUCUUCCACCUGCCGUUUGAGGGCGGGGGCGACCCAACCGCCAUGGAGCUGGGGGCCUUGCUGGAGGACACCACCUACACCAGCCUGGAGUCCAUCAACACUACUGAGUUCCGGCAGUUGCUGAACCAGGGGUCAUCCACCGAGGGUGCUGACGGGCACAGCAUGCUCCUGACCUAUCCCGAGUCGAUCACCCGCCUGAUGAGCAGCCAACGUGGUGUGGUGGGCGUGACAGGGGAGGAGCCUCAGGGCAACGGUGGGGGUGGGGGGGGCAGCAGUACCAACAGCUUCCUCAAUGGGGUCCUGGGCAACCUCCCGGAAGAGAGCCUCACCUCCAUGGGGGAUCUGGACUUCAGCGCUCUGCUCAGCCAGUUCAGCUCCUCCUAGUGGGGAUGUUGGGAAAGACAGACUGACGGUGACAACGCCCACCUGGCUCUGCGCAAGGGGACUCAGGGGUGAGUAACUGCUCAUCCACCGAGAAUCCCGGCGGGGGACUCUGCCCUGGACUCAGUCAGCCCAGGUCCCCCAUCUGGGCUGCCUGGGCCUUGUAUUACUGGCUUCAUUUGGCUAUAGAUCUCACUGUCCGCCCACCCCAUGCCUCCCCAGAGCCCUGCUCUGUAUCCCCCCAUUCAAUCCCCUGCACUACAGGAUGUUUCCCACCUGUCAGGCUGAGGGGGCAGCGCCAGGGGUUAGUUCCUCCCCCAUUGCAGGGAGGCAGGGGGAGGAGCAAAGAAGAGCCCCACCCUCUUCACAGGAAUGGAGGGGGGAGGAGCAGACAAUGGACUGAUUUAUUGUCGUCAGGACGGGUAGGGGACGGGCUUGACCCAUUAUUCACAGGAGGGAGGAGGGGAGUGAAGCUGCCCUGAGCUUCUGAGUUCCUUCCGCUCUGUCCUCCCUUACCUGAAAACUGUUGGCUGGGGUGGGGGAGCUCUACCUUAGCUCCUGCAGCAGCUCUGAUUGGCUGCCUAUCCCCAUUCCCAGCCUCCUGGGGAUGGGCAGCCAAUCAGAAAGGGUUUCCUCAGGGCCGGGCUGGGGUUCUGGCAUCCAGACCAGACUGGCUCUGUAUUGUGGGUGUACUGCAGGGGGGAAUUCUCCUUCCCACCCUCAGGAGGUGCCUUAGCAGAAGCAGCAUUAACUCCCACCUCCCUUUGCAGCUGGGGAGUGUGAACAGGACCCCUCCCACCCAGCAGAGGGCCUGUUGCACAUUUGGCUUUGGGAGCUCUACAAGCUGUGUAAGGGGGGUGGGGGUUGUUGCUGCACCCUGUUUUGGGGCAUUCUCCCAUUCUUGUAUUAUAAUGUGUCUUGCCAUGCGGUAGGAAGUGGUGGCACUGCCCCUCCCUGCCUAGUGCCCCGGGAUCUCCCCAUCCCUGCUCCAUGACUCAGAUGGGCCUGCAGUGGGGGUGGGGUGCUCAGAACAGCCAGGAGUAGGUGCCCUGUUGCACAAAGCACUCUCCCAGGUCUGUAAAAUAAAGCUGGCUCUGCUAGGUGUCCUAAGAGAGGCUAUGAACCUAUCAGAGGAUCUGGGCCACUCCUCCAGCUGGCCCUGGCCUGCAGCAGGAAGGCCCAGAGAGCACCUGGGCCCAUCGUGGCCUCCUGGCCCCUCUCUGCAUUCGCCAUUGCAGGGUUUGUAUAGCAUUCCUGACCCUAUAUUUUGGCUUCCACUGUCCUUUGUCUUACUAUUGGCUAAAUGUAGAGGGACAGUUUUAACCAUGAGUGACGCGUAUUAUUAAUGUAUUUGCUAUCUCUGGGGCACAGGGACUUGCUUCCGUGCCCAGUUUUUCCGCUGACUUAUGUUCCUAAUAAAACUGAGUCAAAGCGCA